ACGACCAUUGUUAUUACACGCACACAACUACAGCAUUGAGUGCACAGCAUCGUGUUCACUUUUGCGUUGCAGCGGCAACUGCGUACGAGCUCUACGAGGCAUCUUACCUGCCGGACAUGGCUGCUGAUCAUAAACCAGACGCGACUGGGCACGAAUUGGACGUACAGACGAUCAGUGCUGUGCGAGAGUUCCCAUGUCUCUACGACCCUUCAUCAAAAGAUUACCGCGACAAUCGGUCAGUUAUCGAAGCCUGGACGAAGAUCGCCGAAAUCUGCGGUGCUAACGAUUGGACGGAGUGUAAAGAGCGAUGGAGGAAACUGAGAGAUGCUUACGUCAAGGUGAAGAAGAAAACUUCGAUUCGAAAGCCUGGGACCUACAAGACACCGUGGGUUCACUACGAUUCUAUGUCAUUCUUGGCCAAUUAUAUCAAGCACAGAAACGUCACCAAGAGGCCUUUAGAUACCGAUGAAGAUGUGGAUGGCAUGAGCGCUGAGGAAACCCUGGAAGCAAUGGUGGCAAAUCCUCCUAAAGGCAAGCGAGGACGGAAGAUAGACCCCAUGGUCACCAUUGUAGAGACCAUAGGCCAAGCAUCUAACACAAAGAUGGCAGCAGAUGCCAGCAUGGAUGAUGAAGAUGGUUUGUUUGGGAGGAUGGUUGCAGCUACCUUGAGGCGAUUCCCACCUCGAGCCAAGGCCAGAUGCAAGUUCAGAAUCCAGGAGAUUAUUUUCCAACAGGAGAAUGAAAAUCUUGGCAGCUCACCAUAGCAAUCAGUCUGGACAAAAUUAUCUAGGGUUAACAAUUGAUGGUACUUACUGCUGCCCUAGACGCCAUGUUUAGCAAACUACUUGUACAAAGAACUCAAGACGAAAUAAUAGGGGAGGAAUGAUUUUAAAGUUGGGGGCAGUUGUGGGACAAUCACUCAUCAGCCAUUAAUUGACCAAUCCAUUACACCCCACCUCAUUGUUUUCUGACUGGUCACAGUCUUGAAACAAGUUUUGAAACAUUUAAAACUAUCCAUGCUUUCUUGGACCUCUGAGGUUAUUGUAAUGCCAUCCUGGGCAUGUAGGAAUGACAUGUUUCAACAUACAGGGUUUUCUUUUCUAUUAGAUUUAGAAUUUACUUUCUGAAAAAUUUUCUGAAAAAAGGGUUGCCUCUUUUGCAAGAUUAAUCGACAUUGAAAAGGAAACUUAUGCCAGCAUAAUGUUUAAACAAAUCAUCAGCUUGCUGUGCAUAAACUAAUGACAUCACAGUUUUGCCCAUGAAUAUAGAAAUACACGUAUUACCAUAGCAUAAAACUAAAAUUGCAGCAAAAUACCCUUCAAAAUAAAUAGUGAAUUGAAAAUUUAAAAUGAGGUGUACUGAGACACCAAGGUGCACUUUGUUGGUUUGUAUCAAAAACUUCACUGGAAAUGCUUUACAUCUUUUCAUGAUAUAUGUACAGGUAUAUUCCUGAAGAGGUGUCAUCAACUCAGUAUCUUGAACAGCCAUGGUGGAUAUGCUUAGUGCAAAGUCUCUGCUUAGUAUGGUAACAAGUCUUUUAGUUGACAGAACUUAUGUAAAAUGUUUAUUGUCGUGUUUUUGCUUGUACAUGGCAUGAUUCAAUUUUAGUUUACUUUUAACUGAAGUAGAGAUCUUGCGACACAAUAGACUUCACACACACGCACACUGGCCAUCUUAGGGGUGAGAGAUUGUUCACUUUGUAGGCCUGUGUUGACAGUUUAUGGCUGGGUGCUGAAUAUCCAAAAGCACUAGCAGACAUGGAUUUGUACAUAUGAAAGGUUUAGUUCCAAUACAUGUAUAUCCAUUUGAAAAACAUAAAAUUGUUCCACAAUUAUGAUGUAUUGAAGAGCUUCAACCGUUUUCCCCCCAAACUUCUUUUGUUGACUCAUGAAAGUUGUGUUUAGCUGUCUUAAAGCUGUAGAAUUAGAAGCUGACUUCAGGCAACUGAGAAAGGGAACAUGCAAGAUUCUGAAGGACACCAAGAUGGUGCUUAUCGCAUUUUGGAAAUGAAAUCUUCAUAUGCAUAUGUAAUAGCGUAUACCUGUAAUUAAGCCAAGACAUACAAGAUGACAAGAAUUGUAACAUGUGUAACAUUCUAUGUACUGAUUUAUUACCAGCUUCAAGAAGUGUCAGAUCUGAAGGAGUACACUUCUGCUUCUUUAUUUUCCAUAUUAUAAACUAGCAUUUAUUACAUACUGUUAAUAAAAGUCACAAGCUUUCCUUCA